AUGCAAUCCGCCGCGAGAUCGCUCGCCGCGCCACUCCGCCGGCCGCCGCCACGCAGAGCGCUCCCCGUCCCCGUCCCCCUCCCCCGCCUCUCCACCGCGUCGCCCCAGGAGGAUCCGUGCCCGGAUCCAGGCCCAGGCCCAAGCCCAGACGCCGACCCGGGGCUCGUGAGCGCGCUCAGCCGCGUGCUCAGCGACUUCCGCGGCCCGCUCCACGACCUCCCCGCCGCGCUCCGCGGCUUCGCGCCGCGCCUCACCCCGGACGCGGCGGCCGCGGUGCUGCGCCGGUGCCGCCACCUCCCCGUGCCGUCGCUCCGGUUCUUCCUCUUCGCCGCGGCGCUGCCCGGGUUCGCCCACCUGCCGGACUCGCUCCUCGUCCUCGCCAACUCGCUCGCCGGCGCACGGCUCUUCCCGCUGCUGCGCUCGCUGCUGUCCGACCUCCCGCCGGCUGCGCUCUCGCGAGGCCUCUUCCCGCGGCUGUUCCGCGCGUACUCGCGCGCGCUCCUCCCGGAUGACGCGGUCCGGGCCUUCUCCUCCAUGGCGGGGUUUGGGUUCCACCCGACCCUCGCUGAUUUUCACUCGCUGCUCUUUGCCCUCUCACAUAAUGGCCUUGUAGAGCACGCCGAGACCUUCUUCAGAGAAUCGGCAACCAGUUUCGAUGUCUCAGCGAAAACCUACACAAUCCUGAUCUCUGGGUGGGCUGUUGUGGAGAAGCCGGAAAGCGCGCAAAAGCUAUUUGAUGAAAUGGUCGAGAGAGGUGUCGAGCCUGAUGUGCCUGCCUACAACGCGUUGAUUGAUGCCUUAUGCCGCGGAGGCGAUAUUGCACGUGCAGAGGAGCAUCUGAAAGAUAUGCAACAGAGCCGCGGGCUUGUUCCGGAUGCUGCCACUUACGGUCCAUUCAUCCGUGCCGCCUGUGCAUCAAAGGACGCCCGGGCCUCUCUUCGUGUGCUAGAUAGGAUGCGCACGCACGACCUCACACCAAACGUAUUCACAUACAAUGCUAUAAUUCGUCUGUUGUGUGAGUUGGGAGAGAUUGAGGAGGCUUACAAUAUCCUCGGUGAGAUCAUCGCACGAGGCGAGAAGCCUGAUGUUUGGAGCUACAACACACUGCUUAAUACGCAUUGUAAGAAGAACGAAGUGAACAAGGCCUUGAGGGUCAUUGCGAGGAUGGAUAAAGGCUUGUGCGUACCAGACCGUCAUUCUUACAACAUGCUGCUAAAGAUGUUGAUUGGUAUAGGAAGGAUUGAUAAGGCUGUCGAGAUUUGGGAUGGGAUGGAAGAGCGUGGCUUUCACCCUGGUGCAGCAACUUAUGCCGUCAUGAUCCAUGGACUGUCUUGCAAGAAGGGAAGGUUAGAAGAGGCCUGCAGCUAUUUCGUUAUGAUGGUGGAUGAAGGUAUCCCACCUUACCAGGCCACGUGUGAGGUUUUGAGGGACAGGCUGACAAGGCACGCCCUGAGGGACCAACUUGAGGUCAUCACUGAUAGGAUGAGGCGGAGCACUUCCUGCACAAUACAGGAAAUGGCAAGUGUCAUGUGCACUAGUAAGAAGGCAGAUGAAACUAGAAGCGUGAGCAUUGAACAAGAACUAACAGGGCAUGCUCUUGAUGAGAGUGAAUGGAGGGGGAAAUGGAAACUAGGAGACUGAACAUUGGU